UAUCUCCAUGACAACGCCGUACGGCGGCGCUUGAGGCGGGCCUGUAGUUGCUUGGAAGGAGGAGCCGGAGGCGGCCUCGGUAUCGGUAUGGAUGCGCUGUGGGGCGCUGCCCCGCGCCCGCCGCCGCCGGGCUUGGACUCCUCCGAAAGCCCGGGCUCCACGCCGACCGCGACCCGCCGGCUCCGUCGCCCGCCGCUGCCCUGGGCGCGCUUCUCCUCCUGGCUCGAGUGUGUGUGCGUGGUGGCCUUCGACCUGGAACUGGGCCAGGCCUUGGAGCUGGUGUACCCUUACGACUGCAGGCUGACAGAGAAGGAGAAAACCAGCAUCUGCUACUUGUCUUUUCCUGAUUCCUAUUCAGGCUGCCUUGGGGACACCCAGUUUAGCUUCCGUAUGCGCCAGUCGGGGGGACAGAGGAGCCCCCGCUCUAUGGAUGAUGAUGAUGGCUAUAACAAAGGGGCUCCUGUCACCCUGCAGAGAGAGACUGCUCACUUGUUUGGCUACGUGUACUUCAGGCAGGUGAAGGACAGUGCAGUGAAGAGAGGCUACUUCCAGAAGUCACUGGUGCUGGUGUCCCGCCUGCCCUAUGUGAAUUUGUUCCAGUCGCUGCUGAACCUCAUUGCUCCUGAGUACUUUGAGAAGCUGGUUCCAUGCUUGGAGGCGGUAUGCAAUGAGAUUGACCAGUGGCCCCCCCCAGUGCCAGGCCAGACUCUGAAUCUGCCUGUGAUGGGAGUCGUCAUACAGGUCCGGAUCCCAUCCCGUGUAGACAAGUUAGAGUCAAGCCCUGUGAAGCAGUUUAACCAGGAGAACCUGCUUCCUGCCCCAUUGGUUCUCUCUAGUGUUAAUGAGCUGGAUCUUUUCAGGUGUUUCCAGCCUGUGCUCAUUCACAUCCAACUUCUGUGGGAGCUGAUGCUCCUGGGGGAGCCCCUGGUCGUCAUGGCACCGUCUCCAACCAUCUCGUCAGAGAUGGUGCUGGCCCUGACCAGCUGUCUCACUCCUCUCAAGUUCUGCUGUGACUACCGGCCCUACUUCACCAUCCAUGACAGCGAGUUCAAGGAGUACACCACCCGGACCCAGGCCCCACCGAAUGUUGUCCUGGGAGUCACAAAUCCUUUCUUCAUCAAAACACUUCAGCAUUGGCCACACAUCCUCCGGAUUGGAGAGCUCAAAAUGUCAGGGGACCUUCCCAAGCAAGUCAAGAUGAAGAAACUCACCAAGUUGAAGACCCUGGACACCAAGCCAGGGCUUUACACCUCCUACAAAACCUACCUGCACAAGGACAAAACGCUCAUUAAGAGGCUGUUGAAGGGCAUCCAGAGGAAGCGGCCUUCGGAAGUGCAGAGCGCUCUGAUUCGACGCCACCUCCUAGAGCUCACACAGAGUUUCAUCAUCCCCCUGGAGCACUACAUGGCCAGCCUGAUGCCCCUGCAGAGGGCAGUCACACCCUGGAAGACUCCCCCCCAGAUCCGUCCCUUCCGCCAGGAUGAUUUCCUAAAGACCCUAGAGCACGCCGGCCCCCAGCUUACCUGUGUCCUCAAGGGUGAUUGGCUCGGCCUGUACAGGAGGUUUUUCAAAUCUCCAAAUUUUGAUGGCUGGUACCGGCAGCGACACAGGGAGAUGACCCAGAAGCUGGAGGCGCUGCACCUGGAGGUGAUCUGCGAGGCGAACAUCCUGACGUGGGUGAAGGACAAGUCUGAGGUGGAGAUCGUCGAUCUGGUUCUGAAGCUGCGAGAAAAGCUCAUCCAGGCCCAGGCCCACCAGCUCCCAGUGAAGGAGGAGACGCUGCGGCGGGUGGCGCUAUACAUUGACACAGUCAUCGGUUCCCUGCCCGAUGACCUGCAGACCGUCCUGCGGCACCCCUGAGGUCACCCCGGCUCUUCUGGCUUUCGGACACCCCCGGUUGGGAAGAAAGAGAGGACUAGGCGUCGCCCAGUCCUGCCAGGCCUCCUUGGCCCCAGUCAGUCGUGAGCUCUGGGCUAGGAGACCAAGCAGGGAGGCCCAGGAGGCCAGACUGGGCAGGAGGGGGACGGGAGAUGAGCGCCCCUGUUCCUCCUUCAACUAUACUUGCUUGCUAGGGGCUGGGCCCAGAGGAGCAGGAGCCUGGGACUGUGGCCUCCUCUUUCCUUUGCCCUCAUUGCAUUGCCCCAGGCCCAUGAUUUCCUGGGAGCCUCCCAGAGAGGCCUCUGUUAGGGCUGGCUUUGCCCACUGCUCAGCUCUCCAGAGACCCUUCACCAGAAGGACCACGGUCCCAGGCAGCCUGAACCCUGCCAUUGCCAAGAGGAGGAGGGCGUGAACUGUGGGUAUGGCCCCUUUCUCUGCACAGUCCCCUGCCUUUUCCCUGCAGCCCCUCUCGGGCUCCGGCCUCAUGCCCUCUUCAGAGAAGGCUCCAGUGGGAGCCGAGAUGAAGGGCAGGGGGUGGGGGGCCCGGUGCCACCCGAGCCCCUUGCUUUCUUCAGCCUGCCCCAAAGCAGGGCGCUUCAGCCAAGCACAAAUGGACCCCGUUGCCUGUUCCCCUUAGGCCAGGCCCCCUUCCUGAGCCACUAACCCCGUCUUGCUGAGGGCCGGGCCCAGCAGGGGCAAAGCGGAAGCAGCUGGCUCUGCUCUUCCAUUUCACCCAAGAGCCCGGCCCUGUCUCCAGCUGGCUCCUGGAGCCUCCCUGUGGGCCUCAAGAACUGAAGCCAUCAAUCCAGUAGUAAAGGAGAUUGUUUUA